GCUGGGAGGGGGUUGGGGGCGCCUGUUGCUUCUCUGGGGGCGUACGCACGCCUUCCGCCCAGUCGAAGGGUUGGGAGGCUCUCGCCUUACCGGGCAGAGGGCUCGUUCUGGUUCCUGAGGUGAUGGCAGGGGGAGACUGUUCCUGGCCCCCGUCCCUCACGUCGGCGGGUGAUAGAUGCCCCUCACCUUGCUAAGGAAAAGGGAGGCUGUUUGGUCACCUAAAGAGGCGGGGAAUGAUGUCUGUCUUCCCUGCUCAGUGGGGUGGGAUGGGGGGAAUGGAUGUGUAGGUGGGUGAUGCCUCUGCCCCCUGCCCUCCAUGCGGGAAAGAGCGUUGCUAGGGAGAAGAUCGCGGUCUUUCCGCCGCGCCUUGCUGGUGGGGGAGGGAGAGGGUGACCCGCCUCCCUACCCCACCCCCACCCAUACGGGAUAGCGGGGGCUUGCUCCAGCUGUUGGGUGUAGGCAGCGAUCUUCAGGGAGAGGGGUGCACCACCCUGGCCUCCAGAGGGGCCGGUUUCGCUCCUGCUGGGGGAGGGGCAGGGAGAAAGCCCGCGCUUCUCGCGCCUUCAGCGGGAGGCGAGAAUUUCUGGCCUCUGAGAAGGAAAGUGCGAAGGCCCUGCCCCGAGGGCGAGUCGGUGCCGUGGCGCUUCUAAGGGAGCGCAGGGGGAGGCCAGGCAGUAGCCUACGGAGGGUGGAUUUGAGCCGCCCCUCUCCGUGGUCCUCAAGUAGAGGCUUCACCCUCACCAGUUCCUUCAUGGGCAGGAAGGAAGGCCGCUGGCACCGCAGGGUGGGCGCUGGAGAGGGCCAAGAAGUGAUUGAAUUGUCCACUGGCUACCCUAACCUGAUCUCCAAUUUCUUGUGAAUUUGCUAGAGGCUCCAAGCUGUAGCAGACCUGUCUUAGCAAUUAAAAAAAAAAAUCAUUUUAGAAGAAACCUGUUGCUGCCUCAUAGUAACAUCUGGCCUCCAUGCCCACGUGAGAAGAGAGUCCUGGCACCCUGAUCUAGUGAAAUAUUAACUAAAGCAGAGAUUUCCAGUUCUGGAUUGUUUCUUCCAUCCUCCAGUGUUUCCAGUUACCCUAAAGGGAAUCGCAGAAUUCUUACAGAUAAUUUCAGUUCACUUUGAUUUAAAUGUUAUGCCCGUUUUGUGUAACGAUUGCAAAGCUUACCAAGUGCCUUUUGUGCUAUGCCCAGAGCGUGCUGUGCUUUUCACAUUUAUCGUGGGUAGGAAAGGUUGGAAAUCAAAGGCCAAUGGGGAAGUCUUGUCCAUUGGAAAUAAUCCUUUUCCUAGGCCAUAGCUGUGAGGCCCAGCUUGGCAAGGGUCUUGGUUUUAGAUCCUUGAAAGAGGAAUGUGGGUUUGUGUUUGAUGUUGCAGUUUUAGUGGCCUGAUGAAAAUAAGGCUUUGUGCUCUAAGGCAUUAGGUUUUCUGAGGUAAGAUAAAAAUAGAAAGGGAACCAGUUUCUGAGGUUGCAAACAGGAGGGUAGAGAACAGGGCGUGGGGGUGGUAUGCUGAAGCGUGAAGAAGGGGGUGGACAGGUGAGGGAGAUGUGGAAGGACAGAAUAGGGUCACAGAAGGGAUGGGGAGCAGAGAAAUUGGGAGAUGGGAAAAUAUUCUUCCCUUAAAAAUACAGGGGUCCCCCAUAUUUUAAGUGGCAGUUACAAAGCAAGCAGAUGAUGGUGGAAUGGCUAACAGAAGUACUAAGGCUGUCUUGUGGAACUAUAGAACUUCAGUAUUGCUUGUUUUCUCCCUCGCAAAUUCAUUAAAUAUCAACUUUUAUUAAUAUAAGGCUUUUAGUUUUAGAGUACUUUCAUAAAUAUCCUGUUGUUUAAUCCUCAUGAUAAUCUUUGAAGUUAACAGUGAAUAUUUAUUCCCUUUUUGGGUGUUGAGAGAUUUCAAGGGAAUUGCUGAAGUCUGAAUUUUAGUCAGGUGCCUCUAUACAGUGACCAUUACUUUGCAAAGUUUGCUUGAUACUUCAGAUGUUCGUUCAUUCUGGUCUUUAGUGACAGUGUGGUUGAACUCGGGAUUAAACUUGAAGAGAAUAAAUAGAUCAUACUGGGUAAUUUCUAAACAAGCAGGGCUUGGGAGAAGUUCCCUCCCAGUUUAGCACUCUUUUCUCCCAUUCCUGUGCUUCUCUUAAGACUGUAGAGUUGUGAGGUGAUGAGGGUGUGAUGAAGUAAUAACUAGAGCUACUGCUUAAGGUUGUGCCUCUAGUGUGCUAAGUGCUGUAUGUUUGUGAUCUUAUUUACUUCUUGCAGGUAGGUACUGCAAUAGUUCUGAUGUUUGAGACUUCAGAAUGUAACCAUGUGUCUUUCCACUGACUUCUUUAAUUAAAAAGUUUUUUAUUAAAUAUGCCAAGUAUAUUAAAAAAAUAGGAAGUAACAUAAUAAUGAGCACUGUUGUAACCACCACCCAGCUUUAUCUUACAUUGUCACAUUUGUUUCAGAUCUUAUUAUUUUUUUUAAGAAGUAAAACAUUACUGAUAGAUUUGAAGCUCCCCAUGCCUCCUUGCCAUACCUCUCCCUUCUCCACCACCAGAGGAAGGUGGGAGUCGAUCAUUUUGACAAGUCUCCUGAAAGGAACAGCUAGCAGGAGCUGAAACCUUUUUCCAUUUGGUCUCGUGGCAAAUGCAGAGAUCGCUUCAACAGAUCCACACAAUAUGACGUGCUCACUAGUGUCCUCUGAACAGUCUUCUGGUACCUCUCUCUUGCCUAAAGACAGUGUCCCAUUUUCUUGGAGUUCCAUGGAUGAGGAUGAAUUGGAUGACUCCUUGCUGGAACUGUCUGAUGGAGAAGAAGAUGAUGGACAUUUCAGUUUCACAGAGGAAGAGAUUGAGAUGCUCUUGCAGGAUGAUGACCUAUCAGAUGAACAGUCUUCUGGGAGAAGAGAUUUACUUAAAGAUGACAGCGGACAUAUUGAGAAGGGAGAGAGAGAGAGUCAAAUUCUGCUUGAUGCCCCGCAAGAGAAAAAUUCAUUGUACAGCUUGGGACCAGUAGCUGAGACCCCUGGCCUCUUCAAACUACCUCAACUGAGUACAUCGAUUGGUCAUGGAUCAACUCCUACUAAACCAUUAAACAGACGCUUUGCACUAGAAAAGAAUGUUAUAAAAAUAACUGUUGCACCAUUUGAUCCAACAGUUUAUGAUGCUGUGCUUGACAAGGACAAGACUGAUUCAUCCAAAGAUAUUAAAAAACCUUCCUCCCUUGGGGAGGAAUUGAGAGAAGAUGGUCUUAACACAAAUGAAAGCAAACUUUGCACUGAAUCUGAAGUGAUCAGCCCCACUAACUCUGCCUGGGAUGGGCACACAUUUCCUUCUCCUUCAAAUAAUAACUUCCAAGAAACUGUCUCUGAUAAAAAUAUGCCUGACAGUAAGAAACCUACACCUGUCUUCUCUCAGGUCUUGGACCAUUCAGAGAGUUCUUCUUAUAUGGGGUCAUCCUACAGAAAUGGUGGAUCACAUAAAUCAAGUUGUGAAGUGAGGUUUCCGGUUGUUUCCAGUAAACAGCAUGUUCUUGACAAGGAUUCUGGGAAGAUGAAAGUCCAUGAGAGAAGACUAGGAAAAGUCAUUCCCGUCCUGCAGAGUAAAACCAGGACUAAUGUUCCGAUGUGUUCACAAUCAGAUCUUGAACAGCAGAAGGAAAUUUAUCUCAGAAGUGUCAUUGCUCAUAUAGAAGACCCUGUGGACCCUAACCAAGGUGCCUUGGGGGAGCUACAUGCCUUGAUGGACCAAGUGCAUCACACGCAGAACCAAAAAUGGCAGCAUCCUUCCGACCUCACCAUGCGAAACUACGCCCGGUUCCGACAGAAAUCUCUGCAAAGAUACAGUCUGACUCAGUGGGUUGACAGGAACAUGGGAAGCCAUCAUCGGUUCCAGCAUCUCCCAGAUUUCCCAAACAGUCCCUUUGUCUCAUCCCAUCAGCAGUGAAGGUCCCUCCCCAGGGUCCUUUCCAGAGCAGCAUCUCAUUUUCUUUUGUGCUUUGUAGAUUUUGAAUUUUAUUUUUCACAAGAUUCUUAUUUAAAGAACUUUCUACCUUUUGGACAUAAUUGCUGACUUGAAUUUUGUUUGUAUGCAGUCCCUCCUGUUUUAUGUUUUUUUAAGCAGUGUUCAUAUAGUUUUUAUUUUUUAUUUAAAUAGAAGAUGGCUGCCUCAUGAAAGCCAGCAUUAAGCCAAAACACUUGGGCUGAAGUAAAACACCCACCUCUGUGCAGAUGUGAAGCCUACUCUGGUGCCAAAAGAAGUCAUCAUUCAGUCUCCUGCAAGGAAGAGAUUAUUUAUUAGGCCACAAGCUCGUGUUAACUAUAGCUGAUGAUUUGUGAACUAACAGGUCACUUUUAACGACCGCUCUUACUUUUUCAUUUGAAUCUCUGAAUGCCUGUCGGUAUUUUAAAGUAGGCUGGAGUAGGACAAAAAGUCUGUUGAGAGAACAAAUUAAAAGUAUAAAUCCUUUCCUCUCCUUUCUGUACUUACUUACUGCCUUUAUUUUGUGACUUUUUUUCAUUCUUCAUUAAACUUAUUUUGCACAAUAGUGUUUACAAAUCUUACACAUCUUAACUAUGACAGAAAACUGCUGACUAACCCUUGUUGAUUGCCUUGUGGUCUUGUGAUUCAGCUCAUCUCUUCUGCCCUUCUUAAAGGAUUUUCCUUUUCCCCUGUGACAACCCAACUCCUGUAUGCUGUUAGACAUGGAAUGCCUCUUCAGAACAGUCAGCCUCCCUGCUUUCUUUAUUAAAGAGCUGCCCCUCCCCCCGCCAGGCCCCAGACUCUUGACUCUAGGACAGGCCAAGAAAGCCAGUGCCAGUGAGCUGUCAGUUGGUCUUCAGUUUGCUCUGCUGAACCCCAGCUUCAAGUUUAGCUUGAUGGAUUAGUCAGUGAGAGACACUGGAGGGGCACUCUUUUGUCUCCAUUGUUCAUUAACAAGAGGUGCCUUUAGACCUUGGGCAUUAUCAUCUCAUUUGGUCAAGUCCUUGAUGCAGUUUCACUUCACUGCUAAAGUAGGUCUGAUAGAGUUGUAAUGAAGCCUCUGCACAAAAGCGUGACUUGAUCUUAAGGUUUGGUAUUCUAACCGAAGUUGACAGUCUUUGUGCAGCCAUCUUAAUGGGUGUCUUAAGAGCUUGUUAUUCUCUCGUUACAGAAAGCUCUAGACUUCUUUUUGGGAAGCUUUGCAGUCUGGCAUUCGUGCUGUUGUUGUUCACUCUGUGAAGGUUGUACAUAGUUGCUGUAGCGCACAUUCUGAUGUUGGACUAGUUGCCUUUGUCUGGUUCUGUUGUCUUAUCAACUCCUUCUUUCUUUGUAUGUAAGUAACCCACCUAAAACUUCCUGCCCUAUUUGGGAAACGGUUGGUCGUUCAGGCCUCCAAUAAAACUUGGAUGACUGUCCCUAAGAAGUGUUUACUGUUUUUAUCCAAUUGAGGAUUCUCUUUUCUUUGGACAUUUGGUUUGGAUUCUGGGACCAAAACGUAAAGGAAAAGUUACAUUCAGGCAGGGGCAGGAGUCAAAAUCUAUUAUUUCAAUUGGUAUUUACAGUGUCAGUCAGCCAUAAAUUAGUCUGAUGGAGUGAGACAUCCCAAACCUCCACCUUUGGAACCACAGCUUAAUUAAAAGUAGCUGGAAUAGCUAGCAUUGCAGCUGUCUGGUUGUCUAUUUCUUAGUCUGAGGAGAUGCCCUCAGAUAACUCAAGGAGUGAAGGGACAGCAGUUUGCUUCAGUAGAAGUCCAAGGCUCACAUUCCGGCCCUCCUGGUACAGGAUGGUUUAAGACUGAAUGUGUAAUGGGAGCUUCGCCUUUGCCAAAUCCAAUGAGUGACGGGUUAACUAGAAAAUGUGACAAUCACAUUUCCUCUCUGCUCAAAUAAUUCUGUUUUUCCAAAGCUUUAGCAGCUUAAUUAAAUCUGUUGGACUGGGGGAGGAGAGAACUGUUCUCUAGCGGUUAACAUGGUAUUCUUUAAGAAGAAAAACAAACCCAAAGAAAUCUCGUUAUCUGGCAUGUUCACAUUAAAGAUGGAAGUGGGUAGAAUCUGGAGUUUUAAUCUCUUUUCAGAGCUGUAUAUCUCUUGUGUUUGGUGUUGGCCUCUAAGGCUAGUAUUCAGGUGGAAUUCUUACUGUGUUUUUUUUUUUUUUAAAUAGGGGUUAUUAUAGGCAUUUAACUGCCUAGCUUUCUUCAUCCAUGAAGACGCUCACCACAGGGGUCUUGACAAAGCAGAGUAAAAAUGUGCUGUUUACAUAGCUUACUUUUAAGUGAGGAGCCUGAAAUAACCUGUAGCUCUGCAUCUAAGGCAGGCCCUGAUUUACUUGAGUUGUUGUCAGGAUCAAUUAUGAAACUGAAGUUUGGUGCCUCCUCUUUAUCAUGUGUUUUCCCCCUCCCCCCCUUGUAGCAGUUGUGUUUAAUGUCAUUAAAAGAAAUAAAAGUUCUUGUCAGUGAUAUAUGUACUGUGG